AGAAAGGCCCGGUCGCGCCGAGGUUUGAGCGGCCGUCGCCAUUUUGUAGGGUUCUCUCUGACGCGGGAGCCGCCGCCAGCGCUGCUGCCACCCGGAGGCUCUUGGCAGAAUGGUGAAGCUGUUCAUCGGAAACCUGCCCCGGGAGGCCACAGAGCAGGAGAUCCGCUCGCUCUUCGAGCAGUAUGGGAAGGUGCUGGAAUGUGACAUCAUUAAGAACUACGGCUUUGUGCACAUAGAGGACAAGACGGCGGCCGAGGAUGCCAUCCGCAACCUGCACCACUACAAGCUGCACGGGGUGAACAUCAACGUGGAAGCCAGCAAGAAUAAGAGCAAAGCUUCAACCAAGUUGCAUGUAGGCAACAUCAGUCCUACCUGUACCAACCAAGAGCUCCGGGCCAAGUUUGAGGAGUACGGUCCAGUCAUCGAAUGUGACAUCGUGAAAGAUUAUGCCUUUGUACACAUGGAGCGGGCUGAGGAUGCAGUGGAGGCCAUCAGGGGCCUUGACAACACAGAGUUUCAAGGCAAACGAAUGCACGUGCAAUUGUCCACCAGCCGGCUUCGCACUGCCCCUGGGAUGGGAGACCAGAGCGGCUGCUAUCGGUGUGGGAAAGAGGGGCACUGGUCCAAAGAGUGUCCAGUAGAUCGUUCGGGCCGCGUGGCGGACUUGACCGAGCAGUAUAAUGAACAGUAUGGAGCGGUGCGCACACCUUACACCAUGGGCUACGGGGAGUCCAUGUAUUACAACGACGCGUAUGGAGCACUUGACUACUAUAAGCGUUACCGAGUCCGCUCUUAUGAGGCAGUGGCAGCAGCAGCAGCAGCUUCCGCCUACAACUAUGCAGAGCAGACCAUGUCUCAUCUGCCUCAAGUCCAGAACACAGCUGUGGCCAGUCACCUCAACUCCACUUCCGUUGAUCCCUACGACAGACACCUGUUGCCAAACUCAGGCGCUGCUGCCACCUCAGCUGCUAUGGCUGCUGCCGCUGCCACCACGUCCUCCUAUUACGGAAGGGACAGGAGCCCCCUGCGUCGUGGUGCAGCUGUACUCCCCACAGUUGGAGAGGGCUACGGUUAUGGGCCAGAGAGUGAGCUGUCUCAGGCUUCAGCAGCUGCACGGAAUUCUCUGUAUGACAUGGCCCGGUAUGAACGGGAGCAGUAUGUGGACCGAGCACGGUACUCAGCCUUUUAAAAACUGGAGGUAGGAUAAUUGCGGACUGAACCCUCGGGCUGCGGUCAUAUAUGAGAACUUGCUCCGCGCGGUCCCCUUUGCCGGGAUGUUUCCAUUGCUUCAUGUUUCAGUAAACAAAGGAGUUUGUGACCAACUAUGUUUUCUUUCUUAAUUUAAUUCUUCUACGUUCACUUUUCUCUCCUCCUGGUACUAGUCUCUGUAGCCUUUCUGUUCCUCACGUUCCCAGCCUCUGAGCAGCCCUAGGUAAGAAUUAUGUUGGCGUCCCCUUUCUCCUGUACAGUGGAAUCCCUCUUAUCUUGCUUUCCUUAGGAGUUGACCCCUUCUCCCUGCCUACCUGCAACAUCUCCUUUCCCUUUAAAAUGACCACGUAGAGGCAAGCAACCUUUUACUCUUCUCUGUUAGCUCUGGACUCUUAACACUGAAGCUAAUCUUCUGAAAUUGCUAAGACCAUUGGGGUUUUGGUGGUUGUUUUGUUUGUUUUGUUUUGUUUUAUGUCUGACCUGUGAUCGUGGUACAGCAGUAGCUGAAAUUUAGCCUUGUUUUACUCCACUUCUCCCACUUUUUUUUUU